UGUAGUAAGCGGUGAAGUGAGGGUUCUGGUUGCAGUUUCUGGGCUCGGCGCCCUGUUUUUAACGGGGGCUCGCGUCUUCGUCUCAGCCACCAAGCCACUGCUCUCGCCUGAACUAUUUUCUGCCAUUGGAGCUCAGGAGCAAAAGCCUAUAGUCACUAGUCCAUCAAAGGUUGUUCGGAUGGCUGUCAUCGGGACGGCGGGGGCGGAGGUACUGAUACCGCUGGCGGCGGUGAUCGGCAUCGCCUUCGCGGUGUUCCAGUGGUACGUGGUGGCCAAGGUGCCGGUCCCAUCCCACGACGGCGAGGAUGGCGGCGGCGCCGCCGCCCAGAAAGGCCGCAGCGGGCACGAUGAGAGUGCGGAGGACGGCGUGGACUACCGGCAGGUGGAGGCCCGGUGCGCCGAGAUCCAGCACGCCAUCUCCAUCGGUGCCACGUCCUUCCUCUUCACGGAGUACAGGUACCUCGGCGUGUUCAUGGCUGGGUUCGCGGUGGUGAUCUUCAUGUUCUUGGGGUCGGCGCAGCGUUUCAGCACGCGGCCAGAGCCAUGCACGUACGACCCGGCGCGGCUGUGCCGGCCGGCGCUAGCGAACGCGGCCUUCAGCAUGAUCGCGUUCCUCCUGGGCGCGCUCACCUCCGUCAUGUCCGGGUACCUCGGGAUGCGCGUGGCGACGUUCGCGAACGCGCGCACGGCGCUCGAGGCUCGCCGCGGCGUGGGGCGCGCCUUCGUCGUGGCGUUCCGGUCUGGCGCCGCCAUGGGCUUCCUCCUCGCGUCCAGCGCGCUGUUCGUCCUCUACGUCGCCAUCAACCUCUUCGGCGUCUACUACGGCGACGACUGGGGCGGGCUGUACGAAUCCAUCACCGGCUACGGCCUCGGCGGCUCGUCCAUGGCCCUCUUUGGCCGCGUCGGCGGCGGCAUCUACACCAAGGCCGCCGACGUCGGCGCCGACCUCGUCGGCAAGGUGGAGCGCAACAUCCCCGAGGAUGACCCUCGCAACCCCGCGGUGAUCGCUGACAACGUGGGGGACAACGUCGGCGACAUCGCCGGGAUGGGGUCGGACCUGUUCGGGUCGUACGCGGAGUCGUCGUGCGCGGCGCUGUUCGUGGCGUCCAUCUCGUCGUUCGGGACGGAGCACAACUUCGCGGCGAUGAUGUACCCGCUGCUCAUCAGCGCCAUGGGCAUCGUGGUGUGCUUGGCCACCACGGUCGUCGCCACCGACCUCGCCGAGGUGAAGACCGUCGAGGAGAUCGGGCCGGCGCUCAAGCGGCAGAUCCUCAUCUCCACCGUGCUCAUGACCGUCGGCAUCGCCAUCGUCAGCUUCCUCGUCCUGCCCCACAGCUUCACCCUCUUCGACUUCGGCAGGCGCAAGCUCGUCAAGAACUGGUACCUGUUCAUCUGUGUGUCCGCCGGUUUGUGGGCAGGUCUUGUCAUCGGCUAUGUCACAGAGUACUUCACAAGCAACGCUUACAGGCCGGUGCAGGCGGUGGCGAACUCAUGCCGGACGGGAGCGGCGACGAACGUGAUCUUCGGGCUAGCGGUGGGAUACAAGUCGGUGAUCGUGCCCAUCUUCGCCAUCGCGACGGCCAUCUACGCCAGCUUCCGCCUCGCCGCCAUGUACGGCAUCGCGCUGGCGGCGCUGGGCAUGCUCAGCACCAUCGCCACGGGGCUCAGCAUCGACGCCUACGGCCCCAUCAGCGACAACGCCGGCGGCAUCGCCGAGAUGUCCGGCAUGCCGCACGUGGUCCGCGAGCGCACGGACGCACUCGACGCCGCCGGCAACACCACCGCCGCCAUCGGCAAAGGGUUCGCGAUCGGGUCGGCGGCGCUGGUGUCGCUGGCGCUGUUCGGCGCCUACGUGAGCCGCGCCGGGGUCGCGGCGGUGGACGUGCUGAGCCCUCGGGUGUUCGCGGGGCUGCUGGUGGGGGCCAUGCUGCCCUACUGGUUCUCGGCGAUGACCAUGCGGAGCGUGGGGAGCGCGGCGCUGGCGAUGGUGGAGGAGGUGCGGCGGCAGUUCGACAGCAUCCCGGGGCUGAUGGAGGGCACGGCCAAGCCGGACUACGCCACCUGUGUCAAGAUCUCCACCGACGCGUCGCUCAAGAAGAUGCUGGCGCCCGGCGCGCUCGUCAUGCUCAGCCCGCUGGUCGCCGGCACGCUGUUCGGCACCGAGACGCUGGCCGGGCUCCUCGCCGGCGCGCUGGUGUCGGGAGUCCAGGUGGCGAUCUCAGCGUCCAACAGCGGCGGCGCCUGGGACAACGCCAAGAAGUACAUCGAGGCCGGCGCGUCGGCGGAGGCGCGGGCGCUGGGGCCCAAGGGGUCGGACGCGCACAAGGCGGCGGUCAUCGGCGACACCAUCGGCGACCCGCUCAAGGACACCUCCGGCCCGUCGCUCAACAUCCUCAUCAAGCUCAUGGCCGUCGAGGCGCUCGUCUUCGCGCCAUUCUUCGCCGCGCACGGUGGCCUCAUCUUCAAGCACCUCUGAGUUUGAAUUCCGAGUUCGCUCGGCUUGCUGCCUGGACCUGGAUGGCCAAGCAGAAGGCUUUCGUUGCCAAUAAUAACCUCUAGACUGGGAGAAUUGUAUGAGGUGAUGAAUGGUUAAUGGUUACUUUAGUUUCGGACUUUAUUCGAGUGCAAACCCGCCUUAGAAAUAAGCUCGUGGUGUAGCAAAUUGUCACUCUUAAGGCAUGACUUCUAAAUGCAGCAUGGAUGCUCGUCUCUGGGCCUUCAGCAGAGUGCCAUCACCGUGAGGCUGUGUUUGGCGCCGGUGGAUUAUCUUAA